UACGCUGAUUCGGCUGGUGGAUCACAUAAACAGUUUACUCUUACAGCAUAUCUUCUGCUCCAGAGGGUCAAGAGAAAAAACCUUCACAAAGUUAUACUCUGGACAUUAACUGCAACUUUUAAGAUCAGCAAUCACUUGAGAUUGAGGUAAUACUGUCAUGGCUAACAAGCUGGCUUCCACAGAGGAGAACUUGGAGCGGAUCCUGGCAGUGGAAAGCUUCUUCGGUCCGUCUGGGAAGCCCCUGAAGAAACCAGGCCGGGUCCUGGUGGGCGAGGGGUGUUUGAUGAAGCUCUGCCGGCGUAGCCCCCAGCCCCGGAUCUUCUUCCUGUUCAAUGACAUCCUAGUGUAUGGCAGCAUUAUCGUCAAUGGGCGCUGGUACACCACCCAGCAGGUCAUCCAGCUGGAGGACAUUAAGGUGGAGGAUCUGGAGGACUCCCCAGACAUGAAGAACCAGUGGCUCAUCCGCACACCCCGCAAGUCCUUCUAUGUGUCGGCCGCCUCGCCCGAAGAGAAGCAUGCCUGGAUCACGCACAUUGAGGAGUGUCGGGCCAAGAGGUUGAACGAAACGGGCCAGGCUCCUGGGGAGACCCUCGCCCCUGCCUGGGUCCCUGACAGCGCCUCGGCCAUCUGCAUGCGCUGCUGCAGCAAGUUCACAGUCAGACAGCGCCGCCACCACUGCAGGCAGUGUGGCUACGUGGUCUGCGGCUCCUGCUCCAGCAAUCGCUUCCUCAUCCCCAACAUCUCUUGCAAGCCUGUGCGCGUCUGUCUGGUCUGCCACCCGAUCCUGCAAGCCAGCAAUUCCAUCCGCAAGCGCGGAGACAGUGACGGGAACAGCUGGUCGGACGAGAGUUCCAGCGAUGAAGACAGCCCUGAGCUCGACAAGGACCCCUUACCCCAGCAGUGGGUGGGACAGGAGAACAAUAUUUUACAAGGCUGGUCGUCCUACAGUGAUAAAUAAGCAUGCCAAAAAUCAUACCUUCAAUGCAAAUAAAGAUACAGGCACUUCACUACUGCCAGUCAUUGACUACCUUAAGGCUAUGAACAAAUGCUAUUGAGUGUUUACAAAUAAUUUCAAAUGAGCUGCCUUGAACUGAAGCUGGGCAUGAUCUACAAAUGAAAAGACAUUCUGAACUUUAAAAAAAGAAACACUAGGACAAGACGUUUUUUUACAUGGGAAAUUUUGUUAUUCCAUCACAUUAUAAAAACACCUAAGAUGUAGGAAUGUAGGAUGUAGGAAUGUAGGAUGUAGGACGGAGUGUAGCACAGUGGGUAGGGAACUAGACUUGUAACCGAAAGGUCGCAGGUUCGAUUCCCGGGUACGACACUGCCGUUGUGCCCUUGAGCAAGGUACUUAACCGAAAUUGCUUCAGUAUAUAUCCAGCUGUAUAAAUGGAUACAAUGUAAAAUGCUAUGUAAAAAAAGUUGUGUAAGUCGCUCUGGAUAAGAGCGUCUGCUAAAUGCCUGUAAUGUAAUGUAAGAUUAUUUAUUCCACAGAGUACAGAGUAUAUAUUGCAGCAAUGCAUUUGAGUUGAUAUUCACUAAUGUUGGAUGUUUUCCGUUUUUAUUUUUUAUUUGUAUCACACAACAUUAUGUUUGUAUCGAUGUAUCACAGGACUGCGAUGGCAUAUGCACUUUAUUAUGUUUUAUCAUCACUUAAUCAUAUUGUAUGUAGUAUUGCAUAUUUAUAUCAAUAAAAAUAUUAUUCAUACUGA